GGGAAUUAAGUUACUCAAUGCAGAUUGUCUUUCAAGUGCAAAACAGCUUACCUGGCUGCAGGAGCCAGCCUUUGGUGGCGCUGCGGUUAGAGGCUAGUAAUAGCAAAGCUGGUGUUUUGUGCAACCUGUUGGCAAAAGUGAAAGCCAGAGUACCCCAGAGCUGGCGGCAGCUUCCGGGAGUGCACUUGUGAGGAAUGAUGGCAGCUGCGCGCAGAAAACCUUGGCAGAACAGGCAGGUGGGAUCUCUUCUCCUUCUCUGGUGUGUGUCUGUGGGAGGCACAGCCACCAUCCGCUAUUCGGUGGCGGAGGAGAUGGAGAGCGGCUCAUUUGUGGCUAACGUGGCUAAGGACCUAGGGCUGGAGGUGGGGAAGCUGGCAGAGCGCGGGGCGCGGCUGGUUGCCGAGGGCAACAAGUUGCAUUUCCGGCUCCACCGCAAGACCGGAGAUUUGUUCGUCAAGGAGAAAUUGGAUCGCGAGGCACUCUGUGGCAAAGCUGACCCAUGCGUGCUGCACUUUGAAAUUGUUCUGGCAGAGCCUCUGCAGUCCUUCCGUGUGGAAGUCAGAGUAUUUGAUAUCAAUGACAAUGCCCCAGUUUUUCUAAACAAGGAACCUCUUUUAAAGAUUCCCGAGAGCACCCCUUUGGGCUCACGCUUUCCACUGCAGAGCGCCCAGGAUCUGGACGUGGGACUCAAUGGUCUCCAAAACUACACCCUGAGUGCAAACGCCUAUUUCCACCUGCACACACGCUUCCGAAGCCAUGGGCCCAAAUAUGCGGAACUUGUGCUGGAUAAUCCCCUGGAUAGAGAGGAGCAGCCUGAAGUCAACUUGACCAUUACAGCGGUGGAUGGCGGGUCUCCUCCCAAGUCUGGCACUGCCAACAUUCGAGUGGUUGUCCUGGACGUCAAUGACCACGUGCCCCAGUUCUCUCGUCUGGUGUACCGCGCUCAGGUGCCAGAGAACAGCGACAACGGCUCUUUAGUGGUGGUGGUGACUGCCACGGACCUGGACGAGGGCACCAACAAGCACAUAACUUACUCUUUAGCUGAAAAUCCGGAAGCAGUUCUCCAGACAUUUCUUGUCGACUCGCAAACUGGAGAGGUACGACUCCGAGGGCCCCUAGAUUUUGAAACCAUAGAAACAUAUGACAUUGACAUUCAAGCUACGGAUGGAGGGGGCCUUUCUGCCCACAGCAAAGUCUUGGUGGAAGUGGUGGAUGUAAAUGACAAUCCUCCGGAAGUGACAGUCUCCUCAGUGUCUAGCCCUCUUCCUGAGGACUCUCCGCUCCAGACUGUAGUGGCCCUCUUCACUAUCCGAGAUCGGGAUGUGAGAGUUGGAGGAAAAAUCACCUGCUUCCUCAGAGAAGACUUGCCCUUUGUAGUCAAACACACAUUCCGGAAUUCUUACUCGCUGGUCACUGACAGAAGCUUGGAUAGGGAGGAUGUCUCCAGCUAUAACAUCACCCUCGUUGCUAUGGAUACUGGACCACCCAACCUGUCCACAGAGACUGUGAUUGAAGUGCUAAUAUCGGACAUAAAUGACAAUCCUCCAGUCUUUCAGGAAGACUCCUACAUCUUGACUGUCCGUGAAAACAACAGCCCUGCCAUUUUUAUUGGCAAAGUCCACGCUGAGGACCUAGACGUGGGUGAAAACGCCCAGGUAACAUACUCCCUGCUGCCUCCAAAGAGUGGAGAUCUGUCAGUCUUUGCUUACAUCUCUAUAAAUUCAGACAACGGAAAGCUCUAUGCACUAAGAACCAUGGAUUAUGAGGCCAUCCAAGAUUUUCAAUUUGUGGUAAAGGCAACAGAUGGGGGUUUUCUGUCACUGAGUAGCCAAGCUACUGUCAGAGUGGUUGUCCUCGACGACAAUGACAAUCGUCCGAUGAUCUUGUACCCACUGCAGAAUGGCAGCUUGCCCUGCAACGACCUGGUGCCCAGGUCUGCAGAGGCAGGUUACCUGGUGACCAAAGUGGUGGCUGUUGAUGGUGACUCGGGGCAGAAUUCUUGGCUUUCAUACCAUCUCCUUAAAGCCACUGACCUUGGGUUAUUUUCUGUUCAGAGACAAAACGGGGAAAUACGUACACUGAGGCAGAUAACUGAGAGAGACCCUAUGAUGCAGAAACUGAUCAUUCUUGUUCAGGAUCAUGGCCAACCAGCCCUCUCCACUACUGCCUCACUCAACAUCCUGCUGGUAGAUGGCUUUUCAGAGCCUUACUUGCAGUUCCAGGAUCCAUCCAAGCAUUCUAGAAAGGUAAAUCCAACCACAAAAUAUUUGGUCAUUUCUCUGGCCGUGCUUUCUUUUCUUUUUCUCUUCUCUGUCACUGUGAUCUUUGUUAUACACCUCUACCAGAAGAUUAAACACAAAGACAAAUUCACGAUUCAGGAGCACUUCUACGAUGACUGUAAUUUCCCUAACAAUUUGGUGCAAGGAAGAGGCAAUGGUUCCUUAUCCCAGCCUUGCCCGUAUGACAUGUGCUCAGCCACUGGGACGGGCAAUAGCGAGUUCCGUUUUCUUAAGCGAUUUAUGCCCAAUUUCCCCUUUCCCCAUUCCCCUGGAGAGGCGAAAACAGAGGGUGAUUCUAGUUUGCCUCCAGAUUCUAAAAGAAAUCGGCCUCGGGGUUCAGAGGGCCGGGCCCGGAUAGGUGAUGACUAUAUGUAAUUCUGACUGACAGCCCGCAGGAGAGAACAGAAACAUGGUGUUAUAGUCCAUCGUCAAAGAGCUACCAUCCUCAAUGAAACAAGGAUGGGAGUAGACUGCAUCUCUGGCGGAAACAGGAGUGCCUAGUUUGGUGAAAAUAGGAAACUCAGACUUAGGCUUAGCUUAGUAAAAAGCAAGUUUCCUGAUUCCUAGAUUAUUUAUGCAUUUGGAAUUCUGUUAAAGAAAUGUUACUUUGUGUAUAAAUUCUGCCUUCCCCUCUCUUGUGUGCUAGGCAAGAAACGAAUGAACCAUUUUUGAUGUUACCCAUGAAAGUUCACUGACCCUGGCCUGAGGAAUACUUAGUUCCAUAGGAAGAGUUGGUUAUUUUACUUUUAAAUCACCUUCCAGUAGAAAGUUAUUUAUGCAUAGGGAAGAGAACUAGUUCUCAGCUCUGAUUAAGAAUUGAGUUUGCCUGAGAGUGGUGGUACACUCCUCUAAUCCCAGCACUCAGGAGGUAGAGUCAAGUGGAUCUCUGUGAGUUCAGGGCCAGUCAGAAUUAUACAGUAAGACCCUGUCUCCAAAAAUUUUUGGCAGAGACAUAGUUUAUUAUUCAGAAAUUUCUAUUUUUUGUACCUGACAAAUAGAGAUAAUCUCUGAAUCAACUUGCACCCAUCAUUUAUAAUCAUAAAAAUGCCCAGUAAAUGAUGAUCCUUACUCACAGUGACAGAAAAGAUGAAGAUUUUAAAAAAGGAUUUUAUUUAUUUGUAAAUGUAGGAGCAGUUAUAAGCUAGAGUUCAGUCAAGAAAUAUUCUCCAGAACUAUUAGUUAUAUCUUCUUAAGGGUUAUUUGGGGUCUUAGGCAGGUUUCAACUCACUUUCAUGUAUAGAUAUCCUUGCCUUAUCAGAGAGUAGUUAUUUGAAUAUAGGGAACUAAGGGUGGGUUAGGAUAUAAACAUGAUACUUUUUGCUGUAGUUAAUUGGCUAUAGAAUAUUUUACUUUAAAUCACUUUAUUUUAAAUGGUAUAGAAGUUUUAUAUUUUAAACUAUUUUGUAGUUUACAGAGAAAUUAUUAAAAAAAAAAAAGCACCGGAGCCUGGGCCGCGGUGGUGCAUGCCUUUAAUCCCAGCACUCUGGAGGUAGAGGCAGGUGGAUCUCUGAGUUCAAGGAUAGCCAGAGUGAGUUCCAGGAUAGCCAGAUGUACCCAGAGAAACCAUGUCUUGAAAAACAAACAAAAAAAAGGGACAAAAGGAAGUUCAUUAAUACCAGUUAAAUGGACUUAAGAGAAGCACUUUCAGGCAGUACCUGAUUAGAUGGCAGGCCUCUUUUCUCUCUGAGCACUCUGAGCUAUCACUAUAGCAUAAUAAGUGUUUAAAAGGGUCUAUUUCUAUUAAAUCAUGCAUAAAAUGAGGUGGAGUAGGGAAAUAUGUUAGGCUACUUUUAAAAUAUAUGCUUUAAACCCUCAUAAGCUUUUCUAGGUGCUCUCAUUCUAAGGUCAAAGAAAAACUGACUCUGAAACGUUAUUGUAGUUUGUGGACUCUAAUGGUACUACUAACUAUGUCUUGAAAGUCAGUUUGCUUUAAUGAGGUUGUAGCUUCAUUUUUAACCUUUCCUUUUAAGAAAUGUGUGUGUGUGUCAAUUUAGACUCAGUGAAUCAUGUCCUAGUUCCUUUUAUACAAGAAGCACAAUAUUUGUUUUGGUUUGUUUUCUGAGACAGGGUUUCUCUGUGUAGUCCAGGCUGUCCUGGAAUUCACUCUGUAGACCAGGCUGACCUUGAACUCAGACUUGCCUCAGCCUCCCUGGGAUUAAAAUUGUGUGCCACCAUGCCCGGCUGAGGCACAAUAUUUGUAUCUGGAAUUCUGAGAGUAGAGGAAUAUUUCUUAAAUAUACCAUAUCCUCUUCACUGAUAUAGUCUUCAUUCUUAGAUUUAUGACUGAUACCUGGUGAUACCAUCUGGCUAUUUGGUGGCCAGGAAUAUAUUAAACCUUAAUGGUACUUUUUAAAUUCUUAGGGUAGCACUGUUAAAACCUAUGAAUACCUUCAAUAUAUUAUUUGAUAUUUUGAGAAUAAAUGAAGUAAAUACAAAUAAUGAAUUCUUUUAUUAAUUCUAAGUAUUGUCCAUGAGUUGAGUUAUAAUACUGUUCAUAUGAAGUGAGUAUCUUGGACAAAUCAGAAGAUCAUUCAGUAUAUUUCACAAUGUUCACACUUAUAUACAUACAUGAGUAGACACAAUAGAGAAGAGACUUAGAUUUGUCAACUUUUAUCCUCAUUAAAUGAAAUAAAAUCUAUCACUUUAUAUCAUGAUUAUUUCAUAAGGUAAAUCAUAUUUUAAUAUAAAACAGUGAAACAAUUUUGUGAAAGAAACUACUUUUCAAGUUAAAAUAUGCUUUAAUGGAAAAUUUGCAAAUAAUUUUCUUUUGAUAUUGCUUUACACGCCAUCACAAAGUAAAAGAACUGUUAAUUUGGACCAUAAGAAGACUGGGAUUGCCUGUGGAAUCCAGUGACUGGUCCACCUCAGACAAUUCCCCCUUUAAAAAGUAGUGUCUAUUAAUUGUACAGAGUAAUAGGGCUUUGCUAUUUCUCUACAUGCACACAAUGUACUUGGGUCAUCUUCAUCACUCUCUGUUACAACUGUUUUCCUCCUUUGCUUCUUUUCCCUUCUACAUUCCCCUUUAUUUUCACAACUUUCCCCCCAAAUUCCACAUAUAAGAGAGAACAUGUGAUAAGUCACCUUUGUGAGACUUAACUUUCUUAUUUAUUGUGGUGAUCACCAGUUCCAUCCACUUUCCUACUAAUGAACAUAAUUUUAUUCUUCUUGAUGGCUGAAUAAAGCCUCAUUGUAGAUUUAUGCCAAUUUUUCUUUUCUUUUUUAUUAUUAAGAAAUUUUCUAUUCAUUUUACAUAUAAACCACAGAUCCUCCUCUCCUCCCUCCUCCCACCCCCAGCCUUCCCCCACAACUCACCCCCUUUUCCCACCUCCUCCAAGGCAAGGUCUCCAUGGUGGUGAAUUUUUCUUCAUCUAUUUAUAGAUAGGCACUUAGUGUAAUGCUAUAGCUUGGUUAUUAUAAAUAGUGCAGCUUUAAACAGGGGUUUGUAGAUACUGAUUUCCUUAUUUUUGCUUUAAGCCAGUGAAAAUGCUGUGACUGACAGAUGGUUUAAGACCUGCUGGAUUAAAUAGCAAUUUACUUUUUUUUAAAAUUUGGUUUCAAGUUCCCAUAAGAAUAACAAUUGUACCUGGUAAACUAAAAACUAAGGACAUUUCUUUAUCAACUCAGAUAGGCUGUGAGCUAUCUAUAUUUGGACAGAACUUUAUAUAUCAGUUGAGAUUAAGUCCAAGUCUCCAUCAGAAAGUAAGAUAAAGAAUGUAAAUCAUUAGGACAAUUCCUCUUACCAAAAUAUCAAAUAGUAUCAGAAACACACACAUGCAUAUGCAGAAAUAAUAUACAGAAAUACAACUCAAAAACUUUGAAGAGUGUCAUGUACAAAAAGGCCAUGAUACAUACUUUAGAAAUUAGUACUAUCUAGCUGGCUUAGGCAAACUGCCUCUGUUGCCUCUUUAAUUUGGCAUCUGUAAAUCUACAAUUAUAAUGGAAGUUUUAAGUCACAGAGAAACAUCUAACACAGGAUCCCAUACUGCAUUUAGUUGUUAUGUGUUCUCCAUCUAUAAGAUAUGUGUGGUUUCCAAGCCCUGCCCAGUCUUCUAUGGCUUUAAUAUUUUUGAAGGGUUCCAGUUAUUGGGAAGAUGUCUCUGAAUUUGAGAUUAUUUCUAUUUUUCAUGAUUAGAUUGAGGUUAUGAACCAACUGGGAAGAAUAUCACAGAAAUGUUCUUGGCACUCUCCAGUGCAUCAGAGUAUCAGCAAGCACACAAUAUAGAUGUCAUAACAUUGGCUAUAGUUUUUUUUUUUUUUUUUUUUUUGGUUUUUCGAGACAGGGUUUCUCUGUGUAGCUUUGCGCCUUUCCUGGAACUCACUUGGUAGUCCAGGCUGGCCUCGAACUCACAGAGAUCCGCCUGGCUCUGCCUCCCGAGUGCUGGGAUUAAAGGCGUGCGCCACCACCGCCCGGCUGUUUUGUUUUUUUGAGACAGGGUUUCUCUGUGUAGUUUUGGAGCCUGUCCUGGAACUCACAGAGAUCUGCCUGGCUCUGUCUCCCGAAUGCUAGGAUUAAAGGUGUGCACCACCACUGCCUAGCUAGCUAUAGUAUUUUUAUUGUAAAAUACAUAAAACACAAAAUUUCCUACAUUUGUCUUUACGAAGUGUGCAAAGUUCAGUUGUGUCAAAGUGAUGCUAAUCUUUAUUGUGUUAGCCAAGCUUCUCCAUUGAAAGCUAUUAUUUAUCCAUUUGUAAUUAUCACUUAGAGGAAGAUACUUUGAAAUUAUACAUACCAUGCUUCAGCUUCCACUAACUUUAGUAUCCCACACUGGAUACUUACAGAGACAAUAUCAUGGUAGUCCAGUAGCCAUUACUUUCUAUUUUUCCAAUUCUUUUACUUCUUGUUAAGAAAUAUUUGUUACUUCUACAUACUUAACUUGCUUUGGAUACUUACUUAAAUAAGUUAUAACUCAAUGACAUCAUUAUCUAUUUUGUUGUUUAGCAAAUGGGUUUAGGUUAGUAUUCAACAAUGGAAUUAUCCACAUAGAACACAUUUUGACUAAAAUUAGUAUUUUAAUCCUAUAUAUUAGGUUGUUUUAAUCAAGCAUGAAUUUCUUUUAUAUUGUAAAGGCUUAUUUGUGAGGAACAUUUUAAGUAUAAAGGAAAAUACAUUGAAAUUACUUAAAGUUUUAAUUAUAGGUAUAAAAAUAGAUAUUAAGUAUAAAACAUUAAAAUUUAUUAUGCAUACAUAUUUAUAUAUUUAUAAGCUAUAUAAUAGAGAUGCAAUUUAAAAUAGAU